AUGGAGGCAAACGCCGCGUUCUCGCCCACGUCGAGCAGCCGGGCCUACCUCUCCUCUCUCGACUUUUUUGCUCUUGCCGGGCUAGACAAUACGUCGUCAGACCACCUCGACGGCAGCUCGCCCGCCGGACACGCGAGCGCUACUCACGACGCGCCUCACGCCUACAACCAUUCCCAGCAUCACUCCCAGGGCUACGACUCGCACGGCCCCUCGCAAAAGACAUCACCAGAGUACUUGCCUCUCGACGACCCGUCGCCGAUCGCCCUCGAGGCCCCGUCAAGCCCAUCGAGCAGGCAAGGCUACAGAAAUAUCGCCACCCACCGUGGCACUUUGCGUGGAGACGCGACCAUGGACGUAGACCACUCGCCAGCUGGCCAUGGAUCGGGUAGCAACGAGCAGCAACGCGCCCUUCGCUCCCACCACAGUCGGGGCAAUAGCUAUGCAGACGGACACGAGGUACCCCUGGAUGCUCACGACUUUAUGAACAUGGACAUGAGCAGCGAGGCUUAUGACGCGGUCCAGGCAGGCAUACUCCAGCACCAACUCGAGUCCAUUCACAUGCAGUCGCCGUUCCUCGCGGCAAACAAUCCGGGGUCGCCAUACAAUGCCAUGGCCCAGAUGUUCCUUACGUCCCCCCCUGCAGUGUCGUCGGAGCAGGACAACGGAUCAUCACAGGGUCAGUUGCCCGACGACCGCCGCCCGAUGCUCCAUCGCACGUAUAGCGUGUCGAACGGCCCAUACGGCGUUCUCACGCCCGGCCCAAGCGGCGACAUACCAGCCGACAUGCGCAUGGACAUGAUGAGCCCUAUGCAGCUGGGUGCCAUGAUUGAAGGCAAAGAAAACUACAAUGCUGUUCCGUUACUUUCACCUGCGCUCUCGCACCACAAUCCGUCCAACUAUGCCUCACCAGUUGCGCAUGUGGCCUUUGGUUCGAGUGGCGGGCGUGACGCAGCUCAUGCGGCCCUCGCCAACCGCGCUUCCCUGGAGCAGCUCCAGCUCCAGCAGCGCCAGUUCCAGGAGCAGCUCGCGCUUCUUCAGGAGCAGCAAAAACAGUUGCAGGCCACAGCAGCAGCCGUCGCCGCUGCGUCUGGAUCGCCGUAUCUCGCUCCCCAGCAGCAGCAGCAGCAGCAGCAGCAAUCUCAAUCCCAGUCGCAGGGACGGCCAGCCCUCACACCAGGUGGCGUCAACGGCGCGCACUCCACAGGGACCGUCAGCACGCCUUCUCCCGGAAGUUACUUCUCGCCGCUGACUUCUCCUGCGCUCAAGCCCGCUGUCAGCCGGUCUGCCGCACUGCGUGCUGCUGCCCAGCACCUCUCGCCGCAUCUACACAGCCAGCAGCAACGAGCACCUCACCCGCUCUCUGCACUGUCGUCACCAGCACUCAACCCUGUAGGAUCGUCGGGUGGUGCGAACCAGACACUCUCGCCCGCCCUCGGUCCGCAAAAUCCCGACGUCAAUGACCCCGACUACCUCUACGCGUUACAGGGUAUUCUGGAUGGUACUUCAGGCCCGAGCGCAGAUGCGAGUGCCAACGCAAGCACUAGCACCAGCGGAUACCACAGCUCGCCAGUGAUUGUCCCGAGCCACCCGUCGCCCGCGGUGGGGUCGAGUGGUGCCGGCCCGCACCGCUCGAUGCCAGCCAAGUCGCGCCCGUCGCCCAUGAUGAAGCCUACGAACCACCGCUCGCACGUCCGUGGCGCGUCGUCCGUCCCCACAUCACCCAUGACAUUCAAGAUGACUGGGAGCGGCAGUGGCUUCCUUCCGCCUGCUGCGAUAGAUAACCGUGGUGUGCAGCCACAGAUGCUCGGUGGCACCUCUUCGCAGACUUCGACGCCAUCGCCCGUCGAUCUUGCGCAGAUUAUGCCUCCACCACCUGUCCCGUCGCAGGGUAGACCCAAGAUCCCCAUGACGCCGGCAAGCUUGAUGAACUUGAGCAAGGAGGGAUCAGAGUCUCCAGAGCAACCUGUAGCCUCGACUUCUGCGCCUCCGCCGCCAAGAGCCGCUGCCAAGAAGGCAACGGGCGCCCUCGUUCCCCUUCCCCCGAAGCGUGGGAGCCGCCUUGUGCCAGCUAGCGGUAGCGCCGCUGCCAAGCGCGCCCUCGCGAUCCGCCCACUGGGCGUUGGUGUGCGUGCCGCAACCAAGGGCGCGGCGGCUGCGGCUGGCGCCAACGAACCCGAGACUCGCCGCACAUCGCACAAAGCGGCCGAACAGAAGCGUCGCGACUCUCUCAAGGCAGGCUUCGACGAGCUGCGCCUCCUCCUACCUGCCAUCAACACAGAGGCGCUCGACCCCGAGUCGGGCGAGCCGAUCCCUGGCUCGUCAGCGCCACGCCUGCUCCCAAAAUCAUCACUUGUACCUGACGACAACCCGAACCGUGGCGUGAGCAAGGUUGCCCUUCUCAAGUUCUCCAACGAGUACAUUGUGCGCCUUCACGACAAGGUCAACAAGCGUGACGAGUACAUUGACAAGCUACGGGCCGAGGUGACGCGCUUGCGCCUCGGCGAGGCGGAAGAAGUGCGCGGCGACGAGGACGAGGACCUGCUCGAGAUGGACAUGCUCGAGGGCGAGGAAGACGAUCUCGGCGACGAGGACGAGGAGAUGGACAUUGACCUCUCUGCGAUGAUGAAAAAGGGCAAGGGCGUGACCAAGUCACCCGCCCUCGGUCCCACUGGCGGGCGGAGGCGAACAAGUACGGCCCGCAAAAAGGGCGUGGACGAUUAG